AUGGAUGUGGCACCAUUUGAAGGGGUGCCUCUUGCACCCAAGGGUGCGACCCUUGCCGACUUUGACGCCUAUAUUGCCGAGACCAGGGCCCUCCUCGAGGACCGAUACCCUCGCCAGACAAUUACCAACGAGAUGCUCGUUGUUGCCAUACAGACUCGAGCCCGCGCCGAACUUGACGCCAUGGAGGCUGCAGGUGCGGAUCAUGACGCAACUACAGACGAAGACCUCGAGGUGGAAGGUGUCAUCCCUGACAACGACAUCAUCAACGACUCUCUCGCCCACGGCCCCGAGUCUCAGCCUUGGCACCCCGCCGGCCGCACCAACGCCUUCGGCUCCAAGCAGUUCGACCCUUUCGACGCCGUCAUGGCCCAAGUCCGCCACGUGCCCUCUUUGAAGUGGUACCAGAUGGUCGUGCUCCGCGAACGGUGCGUCAACGACAUUGUCGAUGCCCUCGAAGGGGGGGGCCAGCAGCUGCCCAUUGGUACCGAGCGCAGCCUCAAGAAGAUGUGGCUUCUCAUGGACGUGGCCACGACGAAAGGCCGCACCACCAUGAUCGGAAACGAAGCUCUCUGGACCCAUGCUGACCUGCACAAUAUUCAGUUCUUUCUCACCAAGCUUAGCAUGCACUUUCAAGAUCCUGUCUGGGCCGACCCCUUCAUGAACACCCUUGUCAAACUCCUCUUGGGUCAGCGCACCCUCUACAAGCUCUGGCUCGUGCUCACGCGCCACGGCCUCACGGAGCUGCGAGACAUUAUUCAGCUCAAGGUCCGCUACGACUAUCUGCCCGUCCACGAGCAGUACCGGCGCGCCCUCUUCGGCGAGAAGGUCCUUGGCGUCCCUGCACACGAAGUUGGCGUCCUGCAUCUCGAAGCCUGGGGUCGUGGUACAGGCCAUCUUCAACGCCCGGAUGAGCUGAUCCGUACCGAGGCUGUCCGUCGCGGCCUCGAUAUUGACCGUCACAUCAUCUACAUGAUCCUCUGGGGCCAGAAGAGUAUACCUGAGGAUGAUUUCCUGGACGAGGACGAGCUCCCGGACGCGGACAUAUUGGAAACCACCACAUGGGCCGAGCUCUCCCAGCCCCAGCGCGCCGAUCUCCUCCAGGAGAACCUCGACACCUUCCGCUCCGAGCGGCAGUUCCUGUUUGCCCGCCAGGCACGCCUCGGUCGUAUCGCCCGCAUCAACACCGCUGUGCAGGCCGACAUGGUCGGCGGCGGCGGAUCCGCAAGCAGCGCACCGGCCAUCAACCCCGACGAUGGCAUCGAUUUCUCCGCCCUGCCCACGGAAGACGACCCCAGCACAUGGACACGCACCGUCGUCAGCCCCGAGCCGGACAGCGGAGCCUUGCGCGGAUCCGAGCCGACCCUGACCGAAGCCAUGAGGGACGCCAUGCGGCGUACCGACCGCGUUGAUGGCGCGCAGUCCGACGACGACGUGCGGUUGUACAUCUAUGGCGUUCUGUUCGGCUCAGGCCUCGCCGACGAGGACCAGGAAAUCAGGGCUGACAAGGCGUGGGUCGACUGGGAGAGGGAGGACUCGGACCCGCGGUGGCUCGAGUACGUCGACGAGAUCAACGCCCCUGACGACGAGAGUUUUGAGCAAUUUGAUGAUCUCGAGCUCUAUGAGCGGCAGGAGGAAACUCAUGGUGAAGGUGAAGAUGACAGCACGGCUCCAACCCUAUAUCCCGAGUUGACGGAUGAUGGAGACGUUGACUGGAAUCUGUAUGACGAUCUGAGCAGUUCAAAUACCCCGCCCGAAGUGUGA